CCGCAUCCUAGGCACCUCGGACUCUUACGACGCUGAUUGAUAAUCAGCAACUUACUGAUUGACGGGGAGGAUUCAGAAACCGGAGUUAAGUCCAUCCCCCCGGGACGGAAUUAAAGUCGAGGUCGUUAAGCGUCGGGCAACAGAGCUUGAAUGUGGUUUGACAUCAAGUUCUACGAGCAGUGACUUUUUAUUGUGCUUCACCCCCGCUUCAUCCCAACAAACCCGCCAUCACCGCCCGAUUGCACCAACUUGCCGUAUACAAGUCAGCUUCAGAUAUCAAGAUGGCCACCAUCGCCAAAACAGUCGUUGCAACUGGCGCCUCCUCUGGCCUGGGCUUCGAACUCAUCAAACAGCUGCUCAACAACCCCUCUGCCCAACCGUACCGCUUCAUCCUCGGCGCACGCGAUGUGCCCCGCACCCGGGCCGCCUACGACGCGCUGCAGUACGAUACCACCCGGCACAGCCUGACCGUCCUGCCGUUGGAGCUCUCGGACCUGGCUACCACCCGGUCGUUUGCCCAGCAGACGCUGCAACGGCUGGCCGGCGCUGAGUCCGGGAACGGGGCGCGGUUGGACUAUCUGUUGUUGAAUGCCGCUAUCUCGGGCGGCAAAGAGGCGGCAAAGAAGGGGGAAAUGGAUGGGUGGUGUGAGGCGGUGGUUGUCAAUCAUUUUUCACAGCAUUACCUGGUGCAUCUGCUGAGGGAGAAACUGGUGGAGUCGAAGGGGAGGGUGGUGGUGGUGUCUUCUGGUGCGAUAAGAGGAAUCAAGGAUACCGAUUCCCUUGAGCGCGAUCUCAAAGCAGGGGCCUCCGACAAUGCCCAGCUUCUGUACGGUCAGACAAAGUUUGUCCAGCUGCUUGGGGCGCACUGGUGGCGGCGCCAGUUGAAGGGGCAGGCAACUAUUGUUGCUGUCUCGCCGGGUCUCAUCCCGGAUACCGGGCUCGGCAGGGGUGCGGGGAUGAAAUUGAGCAUGACUAUGCCUGACGCAAAGACGGUUCCUGAGGGAGCACAAAGUAUCCUCGGCGCUUUCACGCGCGACGAUCUCCCUGAGGAUCAGGAGCAGAUCUUCUUGACCAGCUGGGGGGAGUGGUGGAAUAAGGAUGUCUACAGCCUGGCCCUAGACCAAGCGCUGCAGGAGAAGUGGUGUCCGAGCAAGGAAGUGAUUGAGAAGGAAGCAGGGCUGUCUGGCUGAGCCGUCUCUUGCGGCAGUUAGGGGACCAGAGCUCUGCACGGUGGCGGCUGACCAUGGAAUACGGAUGAGCUGUGUAUCCUCUUGUCCUGUCCUUCAGUUUAAAAGUCCAGAUACCGAUACUUCCUGUAAAAUGACAGGGAGUUGAAUCAAUCUCGG